AGGGUGUUCUCAACGCAAAAUAAUUCUGGCUAUACUAUUCUUAUCUCCAACUACCUGUACAGCUUUUUUUGAGCAACCAACUAUAAAAUUAUUAUUCUAAUUAGUUGUAAUUCUAGCCUGCCUAUUUAAGAACUCCUCCUCGUGGAUAUGGAGUACAUGACAGCAGUUUCUUCUCAUUCUACAAGUCCUUUUCUCACAACAUCUCCUACCAUUACUCUCCCACUUCUUAUAGAUAAUAAAACCAAUACAUUUCCUUCUCUUUGAACAAUCUUUUUCCAUUUAUUCUCAGUCUCUCUUGUAUACCUGCCCUCAACUACAUUUCCACUUCCUUUUUUGGGAAGUUCUUUCGGAAAAUCUGCUACUUCAAUUCGUAAAUCUAUAGAGAUACAGAGGCAGAUAAUACAUAUCUACUAAGAUGAUAUCAGUUGGUAUGUGCAUUGGAGCUUUUCUUGUUAUAGUCAUUAUACAUUGGGUUUACAACUGGAGGAAUCCCAGAUGCAAUGGAAAACUCCCACCAGGUUCAAUGGGCUGGCCGUUACUUGGCGAGACGAUUCAGUUCUUUGCCCCAAAUAAAACAUCAGAUAUUGCUCCCUUUGUGAAGGAGAGGAUGCAAAGGUAUGGACCGAUUUUUAAAACGAGUGUGGUGGGACGUCCUGUUAUAGUAUCUACAGACCCAGACCUUAAUUACUUCAUCUUUCAGCAAGAGGGACAGUUGUUUCAGAGCUGGUAUCCAGAUACAUUUACUGAGAUAUUUGGAAGGCAAAAUGUAGGUUCCUUGCAUGGUUUCAUGUACAAGUACUUGAAGAACAUGGUAUUAAACCUUUUUGGUCCUGAAAGUCUGAAAAAGAUGAUGCCUGAGGUUGAAGAGGCAGCACAAACUAAAUUGAAGAGGUGGUCAGGUCAGACAAGCGUAGAGAUGAAGGAAGCAACUGCCACUAUGAUAUUUGAUCUAACUGCAAAAAAGCUAAUCAGCUAUGAUUCUGAGAACUCAUCAGAGAAUCUGCGAGAAAGUUUUGUAGCUUUUAUACAGGGAUUGAUUUCCUUUCCUAUUGACAUUCCCGGAACUGCCUAUCACAAGUGCUUACAGGGAAGAAAGAAGGCAAUGAAGAUGCUAAAGACACUGCUACAGGAAAGAAGAGCAAAGCCUAGGAAGGAACAAAGUGAUUUCUUUGAUUAUGUCGUAGAAGAACUUCAAAGGAAGGACACAAUCCUCACAGAGGCAAUAGCUCUGGAUUUGAUGUUUGUACUGCUCUUUGCCAGCUUCGAGACCACCUCUCUAGCUAUAACUUUAGCCGUUAAACUUCUGCACGACCAUCCUUUGGCUUUAAAAGAAUUAACAAAGGAACAUGAGGCAAUAAUUAGAGCAAGGGAAAACCCAGCUUCUGGACUUACAUGGAAAGAAUAUAAAUCAAUGAAAUUUACAUUUCAGGUUAUUAAUGAAACAGUCAGACUGGCAAAUAUUGUUCCUGCUAUUUUCCGGAAAGCACUAAGAGAUAUCAACUUCAAAGGGCAUACCAUUCCAGCUGGUUGGGCGGUUAUGGUUUGUCCUCCAGCUGUACACUUAAACCCUGACAAAUAUCAAGAUCCCCUUGACUUCAAUCCAUGGAGAUGGGAGGGAGUAGAAAUAAAUGGUGCAUCUCGAAAUUUCAUGGCUUUUGGAGGUGGUAUGAGAUUUUGUGUUGGCACAGAUUUCACUAAGGUGCAGAUGGCUGUCUUUCUCCACUCUCUUGUGACCAAAUACAGGUGGCAAACAAUUGAAGGAGGAGACACAGUGCGGACUCCUGGUUUACAGUUUCCCAACGGUUACCACGUUAAAAUCUCAGAGAAAGAUGAGAAGAUACAAUAGCCAACACGCAAUAGAUGGGAUAGUCAGUAAAAGUGGUUAAAGACGAUACCAGGAAUCCAAACUCACCAGCAUAUCCUCAAAGCAGCAAAAUAUUAUGUCGCUGAUAGAGGGCUGGGACAAAGAAAGAAAGAACUCAGCAAAUCAUUAGUCUGAAAAUUUUGCAAAAAAUUUACUGAUAUCGAUGCCUAUACAUAUAUUUUUUCUUUUCUUUUCUUUUUUACGAUCUCAACACAAAGUGUAGUUGUGAUUGAAGAAGAAAAGAGCAAAAGUGUGUAUAAAUUCAAUACAUGGUACAGUUUUGAAUGAAGAAGUCCUACUAGAAUCAGAGAGCAAUUUAAUUUGCAAAUAUCACUAUUUCCUGCUCCCCCAUAUUUCAAAACCCUGUUCUGCCCCGCAAAAUAUCCCUAGAAUAUUUAGUUUGUAAGUUAAGAGAGGUCAAAAGCACAUUAUAAAGAAGAAAACACAAAUUUAACAGCUUCU